CUUCCGGCUUGGCAUCUCACUUCCGAUCAAAAUAAUAAAUUCGUAGGAGGUGUUUUAGGAUCUGAAGCAAAAAUGUCAAGACAGGCAGCCAGAGGCACAGAUAUCAGAAAAGUUAAUGGGGAAUUAUUUACUUUGACAUAUGGGGCACUGGUUUCACAACUUAUGAAGGAUUAUGAAAAUGAUGAAGAAGUUAAUAAACAGCUGGAGAAAAUGGGAUACAAUAUCGGUGUUCGAUUGAUAGAAGAUUUUCUAGCCAGAGCUAAUAUCGGAAGAUGUAACGACUUUAGAGAGACAGCAGAUAUUAUAUCCAAGGUAGCGUUUAAAAUGUAUCUUGGUAUAACACCUGUUAUUAGUAACUGGAGUCCAUCUGGAGAUGAAUUCUCUCUAUUAAUAGAAAAUAAUCCACUUAUAGAUUUUGUAGAACUACCUGAUGGUCACAAUGCAUUGAAUUAUUCCAAUCUUUUAACUGGUGUUUUAAAAGGAGCAUUAGAAAUGGUGCAGAUGGAUGUAGAUGUACGAUUUGUUCAAGAUCAGUUAAAGGGGGAUAAUUUAACUGAAUUACGGUUAAAGUUUGUAAAAAGAUUAGAAGAUGCAAUACCUGCAGGAGAAGAUUAAUGAAUUAUACAUAUAUAUGUCAGUGUGUUUUAUUCUAUGUAUUAUAGGUUGUAAAUAUUGAUUAUUUAUCAUACAUAAUCUAUGUGUCAUUCAUAAAUAUCAUGCAGUAUGUACUUUAAUAGACAUGGAAUGCUAUAUACUCUAAAACAAAAUAUCUUAGUUGGUUUUACAUAGGCUUUAGUCUUCCUAAAAGGGUUUUUUUUUUUCCUUGAAAAGUGUGACAGGGCAGCAGACUUGAGAACCAACUCGGGUGGCACAAACUCGAGCUAUGCCAUUGCACAUUAGCUAUCUAUGGUCCUUAGUCUGAAAAAAAUAUGUAUAAUAUGUAUUCUUUUUUUUGUAAUUAUAUACAAAAAAUCUUUAGUGUGUGAAAGGCCAAAAAGAGCAAAAUAUACAUGUAUGGAAGUAACAUUGUUUUUAUAAUUCGGUUUAUAAUACAGUAAAAUUGAGAACUACUAUAACACCUACCUACAACCAUUCCAGAAUAAAAGUUAGACAUAUUGGUUAAGAUCACACACAAUCAAAAGUAAUGUAAAAAGUUCUCCAAGUUAUGGCCAUUUAAAGUUGACAUCGGUUUCUAUUGAUUUCUCAUCAACAUCUUAGUAUGUGUCUUAGGCAUAUAAAGUAAUAACAAUUUUGCUUUCUCUUUCGUCCAAGCUAGGCCAUUCUUAAUAAAGUAUUUUUUUCAUACUACUAGAUGUACUUUAUUAUUGAUUAUAUAACAAUAAGAUUAUUCACAUAAAAAUAGUACAUAUUUUGACUUUCAAGAUUUGUGAAAUUUCAGUCUUUUUUUUGUGUCUUUACUGUCAGUUACAAGGCACAUAUAGUUGAAGUUCUGGUCCUUCAUCAUUCAAAAACAUUAAAAAUUUUAACCUAUGUGAUCAAUCCAGGUAUUUUAGGAUAAGAAAUGUAAGGUAAGAGAAUUAUCAGAGAAUAGUUUUGUACUGUUGUUUUUUAAUGGAUUGAUCUUUAUUAAUAUAGAAUGUGGUUCUCUUAAAGGUUUAUUAAGUUUAUGGAUAUUACUGUUGACUUCAUUUCAGUUAUAGGGCUGUUAAAUACUAAGUUACAGAAUAUGUGCAAUAUAGAUCCUUAUUACUGUAUUUUAAUUCACUGUAGGGGUUUUUUUUUUGCUGAAAUUAUAACAAGUAGGCUGUAAAAUUUUCCACUUUUUGACUGAAAUUAUUGUAAAAGCAUUAUGAUUAGUUAAACAUAUUAUGUUAAUAAACUAAUUGUUUUAAAGCUCAUUAUGUCUCCAUUGUUAAAAAAAUAAAUCUUACCUAGAUUUAGAAAUUUA